AUGACCCACACCCAACCUGAAGCUACCUCGGCACCGAGCGAGACGCCCGGUAAAGCGGUUGUGAAUGGAGAGAGGAAAUAUCACAAUACCGAUGCACCCUAUUCUCUCAUGAGCGGAGUAGAUAAACGCGAAGAGGAACGUUUGAACGCCCAGCACUACGGCAUUAAAGACUACUUUGGCGGCAACAACUGUGGCGCUCCUUGGCCUGCGCACCCGAAGAAGAUCCUCGAGAUCGGCUGCGGGCACGGCGUGUGGGCGAGGGAGGUUUGCGAGCAGUUCCCGGAGGCACAAGUCGUCGGGGUUGAUAUCGUAGACGCGGUAAAGAACAGACCUUCGAAUUUCUCAUUCCAGAGACUCAAUGUCAUUAAAGACACCUGGCCGUUCCCACUUGGAUCCUUCGAUAUUGUCCACUGUCGCUUCGUUGCACUCCAUGUUCAGAACUUCAAGACUUUGGUCGAAAGAGCCAUUGAAGCUACUGCACCGGGAGGCAUUCUCAUGUUCGAGGAUCAAGACCAGCAGCUGAGGGCCGAUGGAAAGCCUUUGCCAUAUCCAGCUCAUUACGCAUUCUCCGUAUUUCACAGUUUCGGUCACAUGGCCGGUGUGGACUCUUACGCGGCGCCCCUAAUUGCACCCAUCAUCCUUGGCACCAGGCAAUUUGACGAGCUUCACCAGGAGAUCGUUCCCGCACCAAUGGGCCCCUGGACCGAUAACCCGAAAUUGCACGCCAUCGGAGAGGGUAUACGGACUGGGUUGAUCGAAGGCGCCAAAACUCUCAACCCAGUCCUGUUCGAGUAUGGCAUGACCCAAGAUAACAUUGACGGCGUGGUGAAAGCAAUGGAGAAUUCAGAGCACAGGUUGUACAUGGACCAGUAUUUCAUCUGGGCAAGGAAGAAGUCAAGUCGUUUGUAG